AUGCAUCCAACGCUUCUGUACACGUGCACCUUUUUCAUAACUGUUACAGCCUUGCUCUGGCGAUAUUUCCGGGUCCCCAGCACAAUCCCGUCUAACAUCCCGCGGAUCCCCAUCUGGGUGAAUUUCUACGCGUGGUACCACGACCUCUCGGUAAUAGAACUUUAUGACGCCUUCUACCGCAAGAUAAUGGAAGAGCACGGUGCAGUUGUGGUCUGGUUCACAGGCGCCUGGUGCAUUUUAGUCACGAAACCAGAGUACCUCGUCGAAAUCUUCCGCAACGAAGACACAUACCCGAAAGUGGGCGUGAACGUUCGUGGAAAAGGAAGUCUAAUGGGGAUUUUCGCAGGCGAGAAUAUCAUCAACUCAAGCAAACCGACUUGGGCUACGCUUACGAAAGUGAUGAAGCCGGGGUUUCUCAAGAGUUUUGACGCGCAGGCCAUCCAUGCCAAGGCGAAGAAAGUUCCUGAGCGGUUAUUGCAGGCUCAGAGCGAGGUUGGGAAGGGGAAAGGCGUCCCUGCUACGCAAUGGAUGGAGAAGUACGCGCAGGAUGUUAUGGGACUUUGUCUAUUUAAUUUUGACUUGCAGGCGCUGGACGAACCCCGUGUACCGUAUGCGCCUCUGUUGGGGCAGAUUAUACCCACGAUCUUCAGCCGGUGGGCGUUUUAUUUUCCGACUCUGGAUAUUCCCGGUCGAUAUUUUCUCUCGCGUAAGGCGACGCUCGAUAACAUCGCCAAGUUUGACAGCCUACUUAAUGAGAUUGUUGAGUCAACUUUAAAUGCGGAUGCAGAGAAGCAACCGAAAGUAGUUUCGCAUAUGCUCAAGCGGGCCCUGGAUAACGGUCAAUUGACCCCCGAGCUGUACAGAUACAAUCUGCGCAUGUCGUUCAUGUUCGGGCAUGAUACUACUGCUAUCUUCAUGGGACUGACUAUGUAUGUGCUGGGAAAUAAUACAGUCCUCCAAGACCGCCUCCGCACCGAAGUCCUCCAAUCGACGGGCAAGACUAUCCAUCAACUCCCCUACCUGACUUCCCUCCUCUACGAAGUCCUUCGACUGUACCCCCCAGUAACCGAAGUGCUCAACCACACUGUAUCCCGGCCCACAGCGCUCGGUGGGAAGGUCACCAUUCACCCAGGCACCUGGCUAGGUUGGAACGCCUACGGUGUACACACUAACCCGGCCAUAUGGGGUCCCGACGCAUUGGAAGUUAGGCCUGAGCGCUGGGGUGACACUGUAAAGGAUAUCCAAGCCAGCUUUAGGCUGCAGAGUACGAAGGGGAACUAUAUCCCGUUCUCGCUGCAUGCAAGGAAGUGCCUUGGACAGAGUCUGGUGCUUACCGAAGUCAAGCUGUUGAUGUUUGAGAUGGUGAGACAGCUUAAGUGGGUUGUUGACCCGACGUAUAAGCUCAAUCUGGGCGGGGUUACGUUUACGAUGCUGCUAGGGUUGCGGCUGAUCGUGGAGGAGCUGGAACUGGAUAGCCGAGACACUGUCGCGGAUGAGAAAUCCCAGAUGCAUACUUGA